CCUCGGCUGAUUGCUCUACAGCCAUGCCGGGCGUCUGGAUUCUCCGGCCCCUGAUACUUACCUCUAUUGCUGGAUUAUUGUCCAGAAGUAUUAAUGCCCAGGUAACUGAAAUCAACUCUAAGGAGUUGGAAUUGAGGAACAAUGAUGCUCAUUCCUUGAGCCAAUCAUGCCAACGGCCCUGUCUUCCUGGUGAACGGAAAGCUACUGAGUACACAACUGAUGGACAUGAACCAGACUGUGUACCCUGCCAAGAAGGGAAGGAGUACACGGACAAGGAACAUUGUUCUUCUAAAUGCAGAAGAUGUAGACUCUGUGAUGAAGAACAUGGCUUAGAAGUGGAAAUGAACUGCACCCGGACCCAGAAUACCAAGUGCAGAUGUAAAUCAAACUUUUUUUGUAACAUUUCUGGGUGUGACCACUGUGACCCCUGCAUCAAGUGUGAACAUGAAGUUAUUGAGGAAUGCACACUAACCAGCAAUACCAAAUGCAAAAAGGAAGGAUCCAGAUCUCACAGGCUGUGGUGGUUUACCCUCCUGCUCCCGAUUGCAGUAAUUGGUUGGAUAGUGAAAAAAUACAUGAAGUGCAGCAAUGAAAAACAUGACCGUGAUGAAUCUACAGCACAAAAUCCUGAAACAGUGCCAAUGAAUUUAUCUGAUGUUGACUUGAGUGACUAUAUCCCUAAUAUUGCUGAAAUCAUGACAAUAAGUCAAGUUAAAAAAUUUGUUCGGAAGAAUGGUGUCAAUGAAGCCAAAAUAGAUGAGAUCAAGAAUGACAAUCUCCAAGAAACAGCUGAACAAAAAGUCCAACUGCUUCGUACUUGGUAUCAACUUCAUGGGAAGAGAAAUGCCUAUAACACAUUGAUUAAAAAUCUCAAAAAAGCCAAACUUUGCAGUACUGCAGAGAAGAUUCAGGAUAUGGUCUCGAAGGAUAUUACUAAGAAACAGAAAAAUGAAAAUGAAAGCCAAGACUUGGUCUAGAGUGAAGAACAACUAACUCAGUUCUGAAUGUAAACUGAAGAUAGUUACAAACUGAAGUGGAUACCUAGAACUACC